AAAAAGGGGCCACCGGACGCUCGCACAACAUGGCGUUGUCCUGCUUGCAGACCCUGCGUGCGUCGUCGACGACUUCGGCGGCGCGCGCCUGUCGACGACUCCUGCUGCCGGUCGGCGGCGUCGGCCUCCGCGACAAGCACGGACUACGCUUGCCGUCGCCCACCUCCACCUCGCGACGCUCGUACAAGACGAGCAAGUACGGGGGCCGCUUCUUCGUGACCAUGCUGCCCGGUCACGGCAUCGGACCCGAGAUGAUGAACCACGUCGAGACCGUCUUCUUCCACGGAAAGGUGCCGGUGGACUUCGAGAAGGUGAUCGUGGCCACGGACACGGAGGACGCGUCCUCCAUGGACUACGCCAUCACGUCUAUCCGACGCACGGGCGUCGCCAUCAAGGGCAACGUGGAGACGCGCUCGUACAGUCCGGCCGUUGAACCGCGCAACCUGUUGCUGCGCAACAAGCUCGGCCUGUACGUGAACGUGGUGCACUGCCGAAACCACCCGGCCAUCAGGACGCGCCACCCGGACGUCGACGUGGUCAUCAUUCGACAGAACACCGAGGGCGAGUACAGCUGUCUAGAGCACGAGGUCACGCCGGGCGUCGUGGAGAGCCUCAAGAUCAUCACACUUGCCAAGAGUGAGCAGAUCGCGCGCUACUGCUUCGAGUACGCGCGCUCCCGCAAACGCAAGAAAGUCACCGUGGUUCACAAGGCAAACAUCAUGAAGCUCUCGGACGGUCUGUUCCUGGAGACGUGCCGACGGGUGUCCCAGGACUACCCGGACAUUCAGAUGAACGACAUGAUCGUCGACAACUGCUCCAUGCAACUGGUCUCCAAUCCGUCCCAGUUCGACGUUCUCCUGGUGCCGAACCUGUACGGCAAUAUCGUCGUCAACCUGACGUGCGGACUGGUCGGCGGAGCGGGCGUCACUUCGGGUCGCAACUACGGUGACGACUUUGCCGUCUUCGAGACGGCUACUCGCAACACGGGCACGCCACUGGUCGGCAAAAACCUGGCCAACCCGGUGGCCACGUUAUACGCGGCGGUGGACAUGCUCAAGCACCUGGGGCUGAUGAGUCAAGCGUACGUAAUACGAGACGCCAUCCUCAAGACGAUUAACGUCCAUAAGAUACACACCAGGGACAUCGGCGGCACGGCGUCCACCACCGAUGUCGUGCAGUGCAUCGUCGACGAAGUGAGCAAGAAUACCCGCUAGAUGCGUGGGGCAGAGGGCGGUGAGGGGAUGGUGAUCCACGCCUGAAAAUAAUUAAAUGGUCAGAUUCGUUUCAACAAGAA